GGGGCACUGUGGGGCGGUUGUCGUACGCGCCGCGGGCCCGCGCCGGAGAACUCGGUGGCGCACGGUCAGUUACUCGGCCACUGUCACCGGGCCCUGUGGCGCUGGUUUCGGCUAAGCGAGGGCCUAGGCACCGGGACGUGCCUGACACCGCAGGUGCCACACGCAAUGCUCUCUGCCCCCGCCUGGGCUCCUCCCCAGGCUGUCACAUAACUCCUGAGCUUAGUGGUUCUCAGCUCUAUGUAGCCAGCACCAUGUCUGCCUGCAUGCCACCAUGCUCCCCGCUGUGAUGAUAAUGGACUGAACCUCUGAAACUACCCUGCCCAAGAAAGCCUACCAACUCUCUGAGGAAGUUGAAAUUCUCUUGACCGCAUCUAAAAAGAAAAAAGAAAACAAAAGCUAAAUCAUUAUUGAGGGCUACAGAGUUUUCAGUGGUUGUGAACACUGACUACUCUUCCGAAGGAUUCUCAUUCGAUUCACGGAAUUCACCUGACUGCUCACGUGGCUGUGUGUAACUCCAGCUCCAGAGGCCUGAGAUGAAAACACUCUACUCCUAAAACAAAAUAAAAAUUAAGAUUUUUUUUAAAAAGUAAAAAAAAAAAAAAAAAAGAAAGCCUACCAAGCAGCGACUUCUCCGGAAGGCACUUAAGGCCCCUCCCUUGGAAGCAGCCUCAUGAUUUCCCCUCCUCCCCUGAGACCACCUGGGAAUGCUUUGCUCAGAUUAAAACCUGGACCAAUUCAGCCUGAUUUAUUGCAUUGGCGGAGAAACCAGUAUUGGGCAGUCCGGAGGCAGAAGCAGGCAGACGGAAUUCUGUGAGUUGAAGGCCAUCCUAGUCUACACAUCAGGUUUUUGGCAGGCAUUCAGAUCUGGGAGAAGUGGCCCCAGAAGUAAAGCCUUCCGAGAGCCAGACAUCCGUGGCAAUUGCAGAUUUGGAAUGGAGAGAAAUGGAAGGAGGUGACUGCGGGUUCCACUAUGGAGAUGGUACAAACGAAGCUCAGGACAAUGACUUCCCAACAGUGGACAGAAGCAGGCUUCAGGAAAUGCUGUCCUUGUUGGGACUGGAGACAUACCAGGUCCAGAAGCUCACCCUCCAGGACUCCCUGCAGAUCAGCUUUGACAGCAUGAAGAACUGGGCUCCUCAGGUCCCCAAGGACCUUCCCUGGCAUUUCCUCAGGAAGCUGCAGGCCCUUAAUGCCGAGGCCAGGAACACCACCAUGGUGCUGGACAUGCCUCCAGAUGCCUGGCCGGCAGAGAAAGAGAGCCAGAUGGAGGAGGAGAUGAUCUACUGGGACCCAGCUGAGGAGAUUGCUGCCGAUGACAUCUACUCCUUUUCUGAGCUGCCCAUGCCUGACACGCCUGUGAACCCCCUGGACCUCCUCUGCGCCCUCCUGCUGUCCUCAGACGCCUUCCUGCAGCAGGAGGUCCUGCUGAAGAUGUCCCUCUGCCAGUUCGCCCUCCCGCUUGUGCUGCCCGACUCAGAAAACCACUACCACACCUUUCUGCUCUGGGCCCUGCGGGGGGUUGUGCGGACGUGGUGUUUCCAGCCCCCGCGGGGCCUGGGGAGUUUUCGAGAAGACAGUGCGGUCCUGUCCAGGGCGCCCACCUUUGCCUUCGUGCGCAUGGAUGUCAGCAGCAACUCCAAGUCCCAACUGCUCAAUGCCAUCCUCAGCCCGGCCCGCCGGCAGUGGGACUGCUUCUGGCAUCGGGACCUCAAUUUAGGCACCAAUCCUCGAGAGAUUGCCGAUGGGUUAGUAGAAAUCUCCUGGUUUUUCCCCAGUGGUAAGGAGGACCUGGAUGUUUUCCCAGAGCCAAUGGCCUUUCUGAACUUGAGAGGUGACAUUGGGUCUCACUGGCUGCAGUUCAAGCUCUUGACAGAAGUCUCCUCCGCUGUGUUUAUUUUGACUGACAACAUCAGUAAGAAGGAAUACAAACUGCUGUACUCCAUGAAGGAGUCAACCACAAAGUACUACUUCAUCCUGAGUCCCUACCGCGGGAAACGGAACACCAACCUGCGCUUCCUCAACAGGCUGAUCCCUGUGCUCAAGAUCGACCACUCUCACGUCCUCGUGAAGGUCAGCAGCACCGACAGCGAGAGCUUCGUGAGGCGGAUCCGAGCGAUCAUAUGCGGUGUGGCCCGCUCUCCCUGCAGGCGGGUGUCUGUGGAGGACAUGGCACACGCGGCCCGGAAGUUGGGCCUCAGGGUUGACGAGGACUGUGAGGAGUGUCAGAAGGCCAAGGACCGGAUGGAGAAGAUCAUCAGGAAGAUCCAAGAUGUGGAUGCCUACAAGAGGGACGAGCUGAGGCUGCAGGGGGACCCUGCCAGGAAGGCAGCCCAAGUUGAAAGGGAGUUCUGCCAGCUCCAGUGGCUUUCGGAGCCCCCGGAGAAGCACCGGGCUGAGCUGAGACGGCGGGUCCUGGAGCUCCGGGUCCAGCAGAAUGGCCAGGAGCCCACCUCAGGGGUGCGGGAGUUCAUCCUGGGGAUAAGCAGCCCCUCCCCGGGUGAGAGGCAGUACUUCCUGAGGUGGAUGGAGUGGGGGCUAGCCCGACUAGGCUCACCUCGGCCACGACAGCCUCCAGAGACCCUCCUCACCCUGAGACCGAAACUUGGUGGGGCCUCAGACUUGAAUGAGCCGCUCUGGCCUGAGCCCUUGGGAGUGGAGCACUUUCUGCGGGAGAUGGGGCAGUUCUAUGAGGCCGAGAGCUGCCUGGUGGAGGCAGGGAGGCUGCCUGCUGGCCAGAGGCGCUUUGCCCACUUCCCAGGCCUGGCUGUGGAACUGCUGCUGGGUGGGCUGCCUCUGGAGCUGGUCGAUGGGGCCACCCUGAGCAUCCCUGUUCGCUGGGUCACUGGGCUUCUCAAGGAGCUGCAUGUUCGCCUAGACAGGAGAUCUCGAUUAGUGGUUCUCUCUGCUCUGGGGGUGCCAGGCACAGGGAAAUCUACACUCCUUAACACCAUGUUUGGCCUGCGGUUUGCCACAGGGAGGAGCUGUAGUCCCCGGGGGUCCUUCAUGCAGCUCCUCCCUGUAGCUGAGGGCUUCAGCCAGGACCUGGGCUGUGACCAAAUCCUGGUAAUCGACUCUGGGGGUUUGAUCAGUGGGGCCUUGGCCUCUGCUGGAGACAGGUUCGAACUGGAGGCUUCCUUGGCCACGCUGCUAAUGGGGCUAAGUAAUGUCACUGUGGUCAGUUUAGCUGAGACGAAGGACAUUCCACCAGCUAUUCUUCAUGCUUUUCUAAGGUUAGAAAAAACGGGGCACAUGCCCAACUAUCAGUUUGUGUACCAGAACCUUCAUGACUUCUCCGUCCCCAGUCCCAAGCCGAGAGACAGGAGGCAGCUCCUGGAUCCGCCCAGCGACCUGAGCAGGGCUGCUACCCACAUGGAGAAGCAGGGUGGUAGCUUCCGGACACUGGCAGGCCUGGCAGAGAGGCAGCACGUCUGGCACAUCCCAGCCCUGUGGCAUGGAGCACCACCCAUGGCCGCUGUGAGCCUGGGCUACAGUGAGGCCAUCUUUGAAUUGAAGAGAUGCCUGCUAGAAAACAUCAGGAAUGGCUUGUCCAACCAAAACAAAAACAUCCAGCAGCUCAUUGAGCUGGUGCGGAGGCUGUGAAUGUCUUGAGGGUAGGGCCUCCUGCUGUGGCCUGUUGUGACAGCAGCCAGCAAGGCUGUAUGUAAUUGGCACCUGAGAAGGAAGACUAGUGACAGACAGGAAUUAAGGGCCUCUCCACAGUGUUAAGAAGCAGUCUCAAACCCGCUCAGAAACACUGAGAAUAGAGGCCCAGGGCCGGGUGGUACAAGCAGUGAGUUCUCUGUUCCUAGCCCAUCAAGGCUCCUGGAAGUU